CUCAGGUCACACGUCACAGUCAUUGUCACGCUGACGCAUUUCCUUCUCUCGUUCUCUCGUCUCUCGCACUCCGCUGAGCCUCUAAGCCGCCCAUUCCGUUGAGAAGAACUGUUACCUCCGAUGCCGUACCGUUGCUUCCGUGCUUCUCCAUGGCUUCUUCUUCAACAGGCCCAUGAGCCGCCCGUUCCUCCAUCGCAAACCCAGUCUUCUCCUCCGUUCAUCUUCCUGUCUCUGUAGUCGCAAUCUUUGCGCUAAAACUGCAAUUUCUGAGGCUGAUGUGUUCAUGGAUAAAGUGAGACACAGAUGCAAGAUCGGCGGAGUGAGAAACCUUGACCAAGCCCUGUCUUGCUUCGACAGGAUGACCAGAUCGCGACCAUUGCCUUGAUUUUAACCUGCUCAUCGGGGUCAUCUUUCGGAUGGGGCACUAUGCUUCGGCCAGUGGGCUGAUCAGAAAGAUGGAUGAGGUCGGUAUCGACUCUAACCUUCAUAGUUUCAAUAUUUGAAUGAACUGUCUAUGCCGAUCGAAAAGGGUCGAUCUUGGUUUUGCUGUUAUGGGAAGUGCGCUUAAACUCGGGUUUCCACCGGACGUGGUGACCUUGACUACUCUAGUCAAUGGGCUCUGCAUUGUGGGUAACAUUUCCAGAGCUGUGCUGUUAGUUGAUGUUGUGGAAGACAGAGGGUUUGAGCCUGAUGAAGUCACUUAUGGAGCAAUUGUGAAGGGCUUGAUUGAGACAAGCAAGACGUCUCUUGCCCUUGGCUUGCUCGAGAAGUGGGAGGGCAGGAGCUGUACGGUGAAUGUUGUUACGUGCUCCACAGUAGUUGAUGGCCUAUGCAAGGAAGGACAAUUGCGGAGGCUUUUAAGCUCUUCGAGAGGAUGAUAGACAAAGGUGUUAAGCCCAAUUUCGUCACGUACAACACCUUGAUUCAUGUUAUUUGCUCUGUAGGACAAUGGGAAAAGGUUGAAGUACUCUUAACAAGAAUGAUUCAAAGGGACAUCAUGCCGGAUGCGCAAACUUUCAACACUAUAGUAGAUGCACUUUGUAAGGAUGGGAUGCUCUCCGAAGCAGAGUCUACUCUCGAUGCUAUGAUUCAAAGAGGUAUCGAGCCCGAUGUUGUCACGUACAAUUCACUGAUAGCUGGAUAUUUCCUUCAUAAUAGAAUUAGAGCUGCUGAGAGUUUGUUCCAUUUGAUGUCGAAAAGGGGCUGUUCCCCCAAUGUUGUCACUUACAAUACAGUGAUAAAUGGAUAUUGCAAGAGGAAAAAAAUGGAUAAGGCAGUGAUUAUAUAUCAUGAAAUGCUUCAAAAGGGCAUGAUUCCAACCAUUGUAACAUUCAACAUCCUUAUUGGUGGCUUUUUCCAGAUUGUCGACAUGCAAGCUGUGGAGCAACUUUUGAGGGAGAUGCUCGAUGUUGGUCCCUCUCCAAACUUUCAGACGUAUGUUAUCCUCUUGGAUGGAUACUGUAAACAUGGUCAUCUUGAUAGGGCAAUGGCAUUGUUUCGGCAGUUGGAAGAUCAAGGGAUGAGUCCUAACGUUGUGAUCUACAAUAUCCUCAUAAACGGCAUGUGCAAUGCUGGGAAACUUGAAGAUGCCAAGAGACUUUUUAAUGAUUUGCUCAGCAAAGGGUGUCAGCCUGAUGUCAUGGCAUUUACCACGCUUAUGAAUGGAUUAUGUAAGGAAGGCCAUGUAAGUGAAGCGCGUAAGUUACUCCAAGAGAUGGGAUAGAAAGGAUGUUUCCCCAAUGCUGUGGCUUACAACAUUCUAAUUAGGGCUGCUCUUAUGAAAAAUGAAUUGUGUGGUGCCCUAGAGCUUCUCCAUCAAAUGUGUGACAGUGGCUUCUCUGUGGAUUCUUGGACAGUGGAAUUACUCUUAGAUGAUAGAAUGGACCCAGGCAUCUUAGAACAUAUAAAAGAGGUUCUAUAGAUUCCUUGCUCUACCCUAUAGGUAUUCAAGGUGACCAAUGUGUUUCUUGUUGUAUUUAUUUAAGUAUGGUUAGUUAAUAAUAGAAAACACUUGUCUAGUAUUAUUCUUUUAGAGGUGAUAUAUUUGACAGUAUUGUCGAUUCUCGAGAAAAGGCCAACCUUGAGCUGUAGCUGAUAUGAAAUUCCAUGUCAAGUGAACAGACAAUUUUCAGUAUGUGAUUGAAAGAGAUUGGAAAACUAACAUAUGCAUUUUCCUUCUAACAAAGCUGUCGGCCAAAGCAGUGGAGGUUAAUUUUAGUACAGUUCCAACCACCAAAGUUGUUGUAGUACCUAUUUACAAAAUCUGUGAAUAACAACAGCUAAGAGGGUUGUGUAAUGAGAUAUGGUGAAAACAGUUUUUCUUUCUCAUUUCUUUGCACCUUUUUGAUUUGUUACUCCUCUGCAGACAUUUCACCCAUGCUGUCUCUGGUUAAAAUCUAUUAUGUGACGCUUAUAUUCGAGAACAUGCAGCAAGGACAUAAUCUCUUUAAGUUUUAAAUUCUCUUCGCAUCUUGUCAGACUUUAAUCCUUGAUGAUCCGCUGGCAAAUUCUUUCAUUGUUCUGGCAAGUGGCAACUGUUGAUAUUGAAGAUGACCACCAGUUAAUUUGUAAGUUCCUUCUCCAGAUCCCCAUCAUAUCUCUCUAUUGUAUUGCAGUGAACAUCUUUCUGUAUGGAUUGUUGUAUUGAAGAAUAUGUCUGCUAUUAUUUGCAUUCGAUUUCUUCUCCUUUGUCACUCUGCUGACCGCGUAUGCCAUUUCAACGCUAUCCCUGUGCGAGGAAUAUUACACUAUUAUUAGUAUCUUCUUCCAUGACCUCAUUUCAGGAAGGUAUGCUGGGUUGUUACAUGAAUGGUAUGUCUAGUAUUCAUUAUCUGAUCUUGUUCUUCUGGAAUUUUGUUUUGAAGGCAGCUUGAUUAAUAUGACAAGUUGGAAUAUGUGGUGAUUGAGCGAAGAGAUGGUUUCUGUCAGCAUACUUAUUCAUCUCAUUUCUGUUCAUUUUCUCCCAUUAUCUUCUCUUUUUGGAGGAGGUCUUGGACUGCAGCUCCUAUAUGGAGAAUUUUAUGGAAGUUGGAAGGACCUCAACACAUGAGGACUUCUUCUAUGGUGUCUGGCCCACAAUCGACUUCUUACGAUGCUCACAGGUCUGUCAGUAAUGUUACUUCUUCAGGCAUUUGUGGAAGCUGUUUACAAGAGGAAAUAUCCUCUUAAAAUAAGUUGGCUUAUUCACGCUCUUUCAGACCACCCUGCCCCGGUCACUAGAGAGUCAUGGCCGUGUAUUCUUUUCCAGAACCCCUUUUGAUGGUCGAUGGCGAAACAAGGGCAUGUUUUGACACUAGCUGCAUCUACCUGUUUAGGAGUACGAAGUUGUCACGAGAGUUGCUUGCUGCUUCCUUUAUGAGAGCCAGCCAUUUGUUUGAUCGGAUUGAUAAGAGAUCAAGGAGGCCUUUUAAUUGCAUCAGAUGGUGCGGACCCCGACCCAGAUGGGUGAAGCUUGAUAUAAAUGGUGCCCUUUUCUGGCAACUCGUAGGAGGGCCAGCCAUUCGUCGACUAUUGUUGGACGUGGGGGCUUGUGCUACUCCCGCUGCACUUUUGGAUUGGUGCCAUUACGAAAUUCUUGUCCGGGAUUGACAUGUCACGUGUUGACUUGAGGUUCCCUACGUCUACGAGGUACCACGUGAGCGAAUUGGCUAGCUCGAUAGGCCAAUAUUUAUGGGAUGUCUUCACCCUGUUUCUGUAUUCCACCGUAAAAAGGAAAUAUAUAUAAUCUAACACUUUCAUUCCUCUUUUAUUUAUUUAUGCAAAUUUUAAGUCCAUAAUUGAUAUC